CAAGGAUGGGCAUGUCAAUCAUUUUGCUGAAAAGGAAAAGGCACAUGGUUUUUUCUGCAUUUCCUUUUCAUGGAGAAAGGUAGCUGCAGUUAGCACACUAUGUGCACUGGCCACUACACUCAUCGAUGAGUGUGAUGAGAGUAGUAUUAGCACAACAGCCUUGAACACUUGGAAGAGAGGGCCAGCUAGUGAGAAACCAGAAACGUGCAACACUAUUCCAGAUUCGAGGCAAUUGCACCGGUUGUUGAAGUUAAUUCGCCAAGUGGACAGCCUAUUUGAGACAAAGCUUCCAUUGGGUGAACAUCCAGAGCAAAAAGAUAAUAAACACUUUUUACGUAACGAACAACUCCAAGAUGUGUUGGUAGAGAAAGCAACAUCAAAGUUAAUUUUGACAGAGCCAGAAAUCGGAGGAACCCUACUAGAGAGGGAAGAUGCAGCUGUCGGCAAUAAUUCAGCCGUGAUCGGUGAAAAAAUGACUACAGUUGUCGAUGUUUGA